GUCUCUGUGACGUCAGCCCCGGUUCCGGGUCGGCUGUGGCGGAGCGAGGAGGCCCCGGGAGCCAUGAUUGAGGUCGUGUGCAACGACCGCCUGGGCAAGAAGGUCCGGGUGAAAUGCAACCCCGAGGACUCGAUCCGGGACCUGAAGAAGCUGAUAGCGGCACAGACGGGCACCCGCUGGGACAAGAUCGUGCUGAAAAAAUGGUACACGAUCUUCAAAGACCACGUCACGCUUGGGGACUAUGAGAUCCACGAUGGGAUGAACCUGGAGCUCUACUACCAAUAGGGCCCCACCAGUAUAAACCAGUAUAACCCAGUACAACCCAGUAUAACCCAGUACAACCCAGUCCGGACCAGUGCAGCCAGCGCAGCGCUCCCAGUACAUCCCAGUCCAUCCCAGUCCAUCCCAGUACAUCCCAGUC